CCCGGUCACACACCACACACAGUAAUCCUCCAUCCAACAAACAGUAGGUUUCAGUUACUUUUUUUGCUGUUAUUCCACAUUACUGCUCAGUAAAAUCGGUUACUCCCAACAAAUCGAUUCGUCGUUUGGUUUGGUUUGGUUCGCGCGAGCCGAGCAAAGGCCAGGCCAGAUAAUCGACAGAGAACCGCGGCGGAGCGUAGUCUCCUCCGUAGUCCCCGCGUGUGUGGUGGGAACACACAAUGUAGCCAGAGCCAACCAGUUUAGAGGUUCAACGAGUCGAAAAAAAGUGAUUCUGCACUGGAAGGAAACGAAAAACUGGAAUUCGAUGACCAACUGGUGCAAAAGAGCUACGAAGAAGUGAAGAUACAACAUAUGUAUGUCCGCUCGAGCAACGACGGGGUUGGAAGGUUGGUUGCAAAUUACAGCUGCUCCAUCAGCUCCGAGUCGUAUACUUACACCGCCGAGCUCCCUAAUGGUGUGUUCGAUCUUAUUAGCAAGUUUGUGGUUCUUGACGUCCAGGUAGAAGCGGUGGUGUACCAAGGGUCGUGAGCCUUUCACGACUUUUGUUUUGCCUGCGGAAAAUACGAAAAUGGCAUCCAAAAUCAACACCCUUCACAGCUAUGACACGCUGUAUUCGGCCGAUUCCAUCGAAUGGUGCCCGCACGCACCAAGUCAGCACCUGUUCGUCUGUGGCACCUAUCAACUGGAUAAGGAAGAAGAAUCUAGUAAAGCGGGCCGGAAAGGGCGACUGUUGCUCUUUAGCUAUCGACCCGACAGUAAUUCCUUUGCGCUGGAGCAAUCGAUCGAAACAGCAGCCAUUCUGGAUCAAAAAUGGCACCCUUCCCGGCCGGUGCUUACCGUCGUGAACGCCAGUGGACAAGCUGUCACGUACAAUUUGCUACCUACCGAAGAGCAGCUGAUACCGAUGGAUACACUAACAAUCGAAAAGGAAAGUGAGGAAGAACAGCUGGCGCUUUCCAUUGAUUGGAACUUACAAGGGGACAAGGCACUGAUCAGUGACUCGAAGGGGGGAGUAACUGUGCUCGAAUUUGAUGAACGAGGACUUCACCAAAGGGAUCGAUUCAAAGCUCACUCGUUCGAAGCUUGGACCUGUGCCUUUGACCGAACCGACGAGAACAUACUUUAUACAGGUGGUGAUGACACUUUACUUAACAUCUAUGACAUUCGCUGCUUGGAAGCUCCCGUCAUGAAAAACAAGUGUCACGAUGCUGGAGUUACUUCACUACUUUCCCUGCGGCACAGGGAAAACUUGCUCGCCACGGGAAGCUACGACGAUCAGUUGAGAAUCUUCGACCGACGAGCCAUGAAGGCGCCCCUCAGUCGAACCAAUCUAGGCGGUGGAGUUUGGAGAUUGAAGCCCAACCCACAUCGGCCGGACUGGAUACUGUGUGCCUGUAUGUAUCACAAUUUCAGUAUCGUGAGUCUAAAGGAAGAUCAGAGCGUAGUCAUCGAGUCCGAGUAUUUCGAACACAGCAGUAUUUGCUACGGUUGUGACUGGAGCUACGCUUCGGAUGGAUCGAAAACCGACAGCUACUACUUUGCAACUUGCUCGUUCUAUGACCACAAGCUGUGCCUAGCUGAAAUCAAAAGCGAUAAUAAGGAAUCGUAGUAGUGAGCCUUCUAUGAGAAACGAUUAAGAAACUAUUAAUAUUACAAACUUUCCUUUUCCUUACCAUUACAUUUUGCAUUUAAUUUUGUUCUAUUUAAAUAAAUUUCUGCCUAGAUUAAAUUUUCAAUUUUGUAACAAAUCCCACAAAGAACAUAGAUAUGUAGAACAUAUCUACAAAGGCCAAUAAAAGUGUCAAU